GUCUUGUGGGUUGGAGUUUCCACAUCCACUUUCCACCUUUGACUGUAGCCAUUCACGCUUGUUCCUCUCUUCUUUGUCCUUCCUCACCCGCUUCAACCUUUUCACUCCUCUCUCUCUCUCUCUCUCUCUCUCUUUCUCUAACCUUUCAGUUAUCGGAUUCAUCUCCAUUCUCGAUCUCUUCUCAGUUCUCUCUCUAUUCUAAGUUGGUGAGUAGUUUUGGGUGAAGGAGAAGAAGGAGUGGCUUUAUCUUUUUGUGGGGAAGGAUACAGCAGCAUGCGGUGGUGGCUUAGUCUUUCUGUUGAUGUAUUCCGCAAAGGGAUUUCGUUGAAUCUGUAUUGCAAAGUGAUUCUGUAAUUUGUGUGCUGUGGUCUAAACCUUUCUUAAUCUUCUCUUUAAACCGUUUCCAUGGGAUCCAAUUUCUUUGUUGUUCUUCCUUGCUACGUCCGUCAGAUCAGCUGAAGGGUAGCAUUAGCAAACACAAAUUCAUCUUUCACUCUCUAAAAAAAAUCUGUUAAUUAGCCUUUUUUUUUUCCUUUUCUAGGAGUGUUGAGUUGUUCCUGUUUGUUUAGAAUUUUAGGCAUCGUUUAUUUGGUUUCAGUCAAAUUCAAAACCUGUUGUUGUCGUGGAGGUGAUCAGAUUAAUAAUUGUCCUAAGGAAAAGUGUGGUUCUUGCAUUUUGAAUUGAAGAGGGUUGGGAAAAGUAGUUAUGGUGUGCCAAGCAGCGAGCCAAACGAGAUUUCGGGCAUUGAAACAUGAAAAUGGAAUCGCCGGGAGCUCCACCAUUAUAGUUAAAGUUAUAGCAUGUUUUCAACCUCUCCGAGAAUGCCAGGUUUUCGAUGCUGAAUAUUUCCGUCAUUUGCUCAAACCUGUGACGUAAUUGUUUUGCCUUGAUUCGUUUGGGUGGGUUAAACCGGUUCUUUUAUUUGUUUUCCUUGUUCGUGAAACAAAGUACCUUUUGUAACAAAUAGCUUUUGAGUUGGAAUCGUUUUUCUUCAGGUGAUUGUUCUGAUUGAAUGGGAGGAGAUUGUGGAACCUGGGCACCACAUCUAGAAUCACCAAAUUUGAAUCUCCUUGACACUGGGAAGCCGGUUGGUAUUUCUGCAGCUAUGAACCCUGGCUUUAAUAUGGUCUCUAGCAAUGCUACGGUGCCUGCUUUCGGAUCCUCUACAGUGCCUCAUUUGCAGUUAGGACAUUCCUAUGAACCCAGUGGUUGGUCUUAUUGUUUGCCCUGCUUUCCACAGGGAUUUGCUCCUGCUCUGAACUUCAAUGCUGAGGGAAACCCUCCUGCUGACCAUGUAAAAACUUUUGGGGACAAAAUUGGUCCCUAUGGUGAAUCCAGUUCCCUUCAGAAACAAAUUCUUGUUAUUGAUCAGACGGGUGGUCAAACAACUAUUGUUUAUAGCUCCAGGUUUGGCAGUCCUGGUGAGUGCCUUGCUUCUUGGCAUUCAAAACUGCAUGGUGCUAACUAUUUGAGGGGGAACGAACCUUCUUUCAGAAGAGGUUUGAAUUUGAAUUUGAACUUGAAUAUGACUGAGCCAACUUUGGCUGAUAAAGUAGAUGAGAAUCCGGGAACUAGCAUUGAAAGUGAGAUGCAUGAAGACACCGAAGAAAUUAAUGCAUUGCUUUACUCGGACAGCUAUGGCUAUUCUACCCAGGAUGAUGAUGAUGAAGUUACUAGCACAGGGCACUCUCCGAGUACAAUGACCACUCAUGAUAACUGUGAAACCUUUAGGAGGGAUACCGCAGAAGAAGUUGCAAGCUCUGCCAGGAAAACCAAGAAGAGGAAGCUAUUGGAUGGCUAUUAUGAUGACAUACAACUCAUUGAUACUGCCAGUUCUCAGAAUCUGAACAAGUCUUCUGCAACGGGAGAUGAUGACGCAGAAUCAAGAUGUUCUAGUAACAUCAAUGAAGGAUCCUUGUCUGGCAAUAAGAAGAUUAAAAAGGAGAAGAUACGCGAUGUUCUGAGCAUUCUGCAGAGCAUAAUUCCUGGUGGAAAGGAUAAGGAUCCGGUCAUGCUUCUUGACAAUGCCAUACAUUGCUUAAAAUCCUUGAAACACAAGGCUCAAGCACUCGGACUUGAUGCCUUGUAAGUUGGAGAAUUAUUACCCACACAGUGUUACUAUUUGUCAUCUAAGUAGUACUUUAUAGUGUAAGUUCUGUUGAUUUGCUUGUUGUUCAUACUUCAUGGAGUCUGCAAAAUAAACAAGGUCAUGGUUGUCAAGGAAUUUGUGCUCAGCAACAUAGGUGUUACGUGUGAAAUACUGAGUAAAGUUGUCUUCUAAAGCCCUUUCUGAGUUGGAAAUAUAGUCAGUGUAACCUAUGUUAAGCAUUGUGUAAGGAAAGACGGAAGUGUUCAGUGUAUCAAGCGCAAUAAAGGAACUAUGAAUCAUUAUUCAUUAGUCCGUGUCUUAGACUAAAGAGAAAGUAGCACUCACACCAUAGCAUGGUGAGUGAACCAUUUUGAAUGAGAAGGGUGUGGUUGGUUAUUCCAGAUAAGGGUCCCAAAAACGAGUGCACGCUGAUAUGGGGCCCAAACUUGCUUCCUCUUUUUGUAUCCUAGUCAUGUUAGAGAGAAAAUGAAGAAAUUUUUUUCACUGGCUGUGAGAGAUCGAGGUAACUUGGUGCGGUUGGCUCGGGCACACUCGUUCACAAGUUUCCACCGGGAUAGUUACAGCAGUGUAGUGUAGGACGCAUGUGGGAAACAGAUAUUUGUGUUCUGAGUUGUGCCCUACUUACUACUUUUAUGGGUUUGUGUUGUGUGUAUCGUAAUUGAUGUAUGACUAUGGACUACUACUUAAAGAGGAUUGGAUGAUAUGUCUUUGGUUGGAUGUUAUUUAAUGUGAAUGGUGUUACUGUUGUCUU